UGCACGAAGUAGGUAUGAUUUGUCUAGAGAAAAAGACUGGAGUGACAUGAUAGCAGUAUUCCACUGUUUGGAGGGCUGUCAAUAAGAAGCGGGGAUCAACUUAUUUUCGAAAGCACCAGAAGGCAAGACAAGAAACAAUGGAUGGAAACUAAUCAAGGAGAGAAGCAACCUGGAAUUGAGGAGAAACUUCCUAACAGUGAGGACAAUUAACCAGCGAAACAGCUUUGCUUUCAGAAGUUCUGGGUGCUUCAUCACUGGAGGUCUUUAAGAAGAGACUGGACAGUCAAUUGUGUGAAAUGGUAGGAUCUCCUGUUUGAGCAGGGGGCCAGACGAGAAGACCUCCAGAGUCCCUGCCAGUUAUAUUGUGAAUGAGGUGAAAGGCAUGUAAGCUGGAAUUUUUUUCUGCUUCUUCUGAAAUCUUGUCUGAAAAGAGAGCUGAAUGGCCUUGGAAAAUGUGGCCAGACCUCUUGUGGACAUAAAAACCUGUGGAGAUCCAUGGGUCCAUUUUGGAGCUUUAUUAGAGACCAGAGAGAAGAUGGAGGGACAACACCCAGCAGAUGCAGAAAUUAGAAAAGGCCCCUCAGCUGCUCAGCCUUGGAGCUGUGGGAAAAAUGGGGCAAGUCCCGGAUGGAGGAGCCACGAAGAGGCAUCCAAUAGUUCAGAGGUCCAAUGCUGUCACUUCAGAAAAGUGCAGUUUCAGGAGGGGAGCCGUCCCCGAGAUGUUUGCACUCAGCUUCACUACCUUUGUCAUCAGUGGCUGCAACCAGAAAAACACACCAAGGCUCAGAUGCUGGACCUGGUGCUCCUGGAACAAUUCCUGGCUGUCCUUCCCCCAGAGAUGGCAAGAUGGGUGCGGGAGUGUGGAGCAGAGACCAGUUCCCAGGCGGUGUCCCUGGCCGAAGGCUUCUUGCUGACUCAGGAGGAGGAAAACAUGCAAGAAGAGUUGCAGAAAUCCAUGGAAGCUGUGACGGAGUAUCCUAAGGAGGGGAAAGAUUCAUUCAGAUCUUCUCAAGAACUGCUCUUCAGGGAGAACUUCCAGAAAGACCAAAGUCAAGACGCUACAGGUGUAGCUGAACUGCUACUUCAGGAUGUUGUGUCCUUUGAGGAAGUGGCCGUGUAUUUCUCCAAGGAGGAAUGGUCUCAACUGGAUGCUGACCAAAAAGCACUCCACGGAGAAGUCAUGUUGGAGAAUUCCAGGAAUCUGGCUUACCUGGUUUUCAUUUUUCUUUUUCAAGGCUUUAAUGGGCAAGAGAAUAAGAAUUGCAAGGAAGAAUGCCAAGUGAUCCAUUCGAAAGGGGGGGAAAGGAAAUUUGUAGAUUAUAGAACAGAUUCAGAGUAUGGAAAGACCUUUACUUGUAGCAGUAAUCUUAAUUCCCACAAGAGGAUCCACUCAGGAGAAAGACCUUAUGAAUGCAUGGAGUGUGGAAAGAGCUUUACUCGUAGCAAUCAUCUUCAUCGCCACAAGAGGAUCCACACAGGGGAAAGACCUUAUGAAUGCAUGGAGUGUGGAAAGAGUUUUACUCGUAGCAGUCAUCUUAAUUCCCACAAGAGGAUCCACUCAGGAGAAAGACCUUAUGAAUGCAUGGAGUGUGGAAAGAGUUUUACUCGUAGCAGUCAUCUUAAUUCCCACAAGUGGAUCCACACAGAAGAGAAGCCAUAUCAAUGCAUGGAGUGUGGAAAGACCUUUGCUUCUAAAAGUCAGCUUAAUUCCCACAAGAGGAUCCACUCAGGAGAAAGACCUUAUGAAUCCAUGGAGUGUGGAAAGAGGUUUACUUGUAGCAGUAAUCUUAAUUCCCACAAGUGGAUCCACACAGAAGAGAAGCCAUAUCAAUGCAUGGAGUGUGGAAAGACCUUUGCUUCUAAAAGUCAGCUUAAUUCCCACAAGAGGAUCCACUCAGGAGAAAGACCGUAUAAAUGCAUGGAAUGUGGAAAGAGUUUUGCUCAUAGGAGUCAACUUUAUUCCCACAAAUGGAUCCACACAGAAGAGAAGCCAUAUCAAUGCAUGGAGUGUGGAAAGAUCUUUGCGUUUAACAGUCAUCUUAAUUCCCACAAAGGGAUCCACUCAGGAGAAAGACCUUAUGAAUGCAUGGAGUGUGGAAAGAGGUUUACUCGUAGCAGUCAUCUUCAUCGCCACAAGAGGAGCCACACAGGAGAAAGACCUUAUAAAUGCAUGGAGUGUGGAAAGAGUUUUGCUCAGAGCAGUCAUCUUAAUUCCCACAAGAGGAUUCACUCAGGAGAGAAGCCAUAUCAAUGCAUCGAGUGUGGAAAGAGCUUUACUCGUAGUAAUGGUCUUAAUUCCCACAAGAGGAGCCACACAAGGUCAUAUAAAUGUUUGCUGUGUGGAGAUGGCUUUAGAAAGAGUUGUGAUCUCACUUUCCAUAAAAGGAGCCAUACGGAAGAAAAAAAACAUAUGAAUGCAUGGAGUGAGGAAAGAACUUUGCAAGGAGUAAAGCUCUUACUUGCUAUAGAAGCAUCCAGACACAAGAGAAACCAUAUGAAUAAAGGAAUUCUAGAAAGAGCUUCAAUAGAAAUCCAGCCGAGGCUUGAAAGCUCCGAUUCUGCUUCCCACCCUCGCUGUGAACUUUCGGAGACUAGGGAGAAGAUGGAGGGACAACACCCAGCAGAUGCAGACAUUAGAAAAGGCCCCCCAGCUGCUCAGCCUUGGAGCUGUGGGAAGAAUGGGGCAAUUCCUGGACGGAGAAGCCACGAAGAGGCAUCCAGUAGUUCUGAGGUCCAAUGCUGUCACUUCAGAAAAGUGCAGUUUCAGGAGGGGAGCCAUCCCCGAGAUGUUUGCACUCAGCUUCACUACCUUUGUCGUCAGUGGCUGCAACCAGAAAAACACACCAAGGCUCAGAUGCUGGACCUGGUGCUCCUGGAGCAAUUCCUGGCUGUCCUUCCCCCAGAGAUGGCAAGAUGGGUGCGGGAGUGUGGAGCAGAGACCAGUUCCCAGGCGGUGUCCCUGGCCGAAGGCUUCUUGCUGACUCAGGAGGAGGAAAACAUGCAAGAAGAGUUGCAGAAAUCCGUGGAAUCUGUGACCGAGUAUCCUAAGAGGGGGAAAGAUUCAUUCAGAUCUUCUCAAGAGCUGCUUUUCAGGGAGAACUUCCAGAAGGAUCAAAGUCAAGACGCUACGCAAGAGAGUAGAAAGCUGUCCUUGGAGUUUUUAGAAUCACCUUUUUGUGCUGGAGCUGAAGGAUUAGCUGAACGGCUACUUCAGGAUGUUGUUUCUUUUGAGGAAGUGGCCGUGUAUUUCUCCAAGGAGGAGUGGUCUCAACUGGAUCCUGACCAAAAAGCGCUCCAUGGAGAAGUCAUGCUGGAGAAUUCCAGGAAUCUGUUUUGUCUGGGCUUUAAUGGGCAAGAGAAUAAGAAUUGCAAGGAGGACCGCCAAGCCAUCCAUUCGAAAGGAAGGAAAAGGAAAUUUGUAGAUCAGAUGCAGCCAAAAAGGGAAGAAACAAAGCAAUCACAAAGUGGAAUUAAAGAAAGUCUUUCUCAGAUCAGUUGGCUUCCUAACCAUACAGUGAUCGAUAUGGGAGAAAGACCAUAUAAAUCCAUGGAGUGUGGAAAGAUGUUCAAUAAAUCCGAUCAUCUCAUUUCUCAUGAAAAGGCACAUUCAGAAGAGCAACCAAAUACCUGCAGGGAGUGUGGAAAGACCUUUUCUUAUAAUCACUCUCUUAGAAGACACGAGAGGAUCCACACAGGAGAAAGACCUUAUAAAUGCAUGGAAUGUGGAAAGACCUUUACUUGUAGCAGUAGUUUGAAAUCCCACAAUUUGAUCCACACAGGAGAGAAGCCAUAUCAUUGCAUGGAGUGUGGAAAGGGUUUCAGGAAGAGCGGUAAUCUUAAUACCCACAAGAGGAUCCACACCGGAGAGAAACCGUAUCAAUGCAUGGAGUGUGGAAAGACCUUCUGUUAUCAUCAUUCUUUUAAAACCCAUAAAAGGAAUCACAAAGGAGAAACACCUUAUAAAUGCAUGGAGUGUGGAAAGACCUUUACUUAUAGCAGUAGUCUGAAAUCCCACAAGAGGAUCCACACAGGAGAAAGACCUUAUAAAUGCAUCCAGUGUGGAAAGACCUUUACUCGUAGUAAUGAUCUCAAUUACCACACGAGGAUCCACACAGGAGAAAGACCUUAUAAAUGUGUGGAAUGUGGAGAGGGCUUUAGAAGGAGUAGUGAUCUCACAUCCCAUAAAUGGAUACAUACGGGAGGAAAAAACCAUAUGAAUGCAUGGAGUGGAGCCUUGAGAUCUGUCAAGGCAGAAGUUGGACUCGGAGGAAACUGCUCCCUGCAAACUUUGUCCUCCACCCUUCCACACUCAGUAAUGUCGUCCUCCGCCUCUUGCUUUGGUGGGAGGGGGUACCAGACAUGUGAUGGCGGCGACAGGCCAGGAAAACAGCGGGACAUGUCAGGACAGAGCCGGCCUGAAGCUCGUCAGCAGGCCGCCCUCCUAGCCGGGCCUGGCCACGAGUGGCACUGGCACCGGCACCAGCAAGCAGUGGUGAGCGGCCACUGGAAGUCCCAUCCUGAUCUUCACCCCAUCGCCUGCCGGUGCUGGUUUGUCGCCACCGUCACUGCCCUGUUUUUCGGGCCGGUUGAAGCUGCUCAGAAGGCAGCUGCCACAGCCUGUCCUUGCUACUUAAGAGCAGCUUCCAAGACAGAAAAAGUUCAGGCAAGUUGUCUCCUUCUCAGCCUGAAAUACACAGAGAGCAUGCACACAUCUCACAAUGCUGGGACCUUCUGCGAGGAGAUGCACUGUCUCCUCGCAGAAGAUCCCGGCGCCAUGAGUUUGGCAAGACCUCUUGUGAAGAUAAAUACCCGUGGAGAUCCAUGGGUCCAUUUUGGAGCUUUAUUAGAGACUAGGGAGAAGAUGGAGGGACAACACCCAGCAGAUGCAGACAUUAGAAAAGGCCCCCCAGCUGCUCAGCCUUGGAGCUGUGGGAAGAAUGGGGCAAUUCCUGGACUGAGGAGCCACCAAGAGGCAUCCAAUAGUUCAGAGGUCCAAUGCUGUCACUUCAGAAAAGUGCAGUUUCAGGAGGGGAGCCAUCCCCGAGAUGUUUGCACUCAGCUUCACUACCUUUGUCGUCAGUGGCUGCAACCAGAAAAACACACCAAGGCUCAGAUGCUGGACCUGGUGCUCCUGGAACAAUUCCUGGCUGUCCUUCCCCCAGAGAUGGCAAGAUGGGUGCGGGAGUGUGGAGCAGAGACCAGUUCCCAGGCGGUGUCCCUGGCCGAAGGCUUCUUGCUGACUCAGGAGGAGGAAAACAUGCAAGAAGAGUUGCAGAAAUCCAUGGAAUCUGUGACUGAGUAUCCUAAGAGGGGGAAAGAUUCAUUCAGAUCUUCUCAAGAGCUGCUCUUCAGGGAGAACUUCCAGAAAGAUCAAAGUCAAGAUGCUACUCAAGAGAGUAGAAAGCUGUCUUCGGAGUUAUUAGAGUCAUCUUUUUGUGCUGGAGGAUUAGCUGAACCGCUACUUCAGGGUGUUGUGUCUUUUGAGGAUGUGGCCGUGUAUUUCUCCAAGGAGGAGUGGUCUCAACUGGAUGCUGACCAAAAAGCGCUCCAUGGAGAAGUCAUGCUGGACAAUUCCAGGAAUCUCUUUUCUCUGGGCUUUAAUGGGGGAGAGAAUAAGAAUUGCAAGCCGGAAUGCCAAGCAAUCCAUUUGAAAGGGAGGAAAAGGAAAUUUGUAGAUCAGAUGAAACUAAAGAGUGAUGAAACAAAGCAAUCACAAAGUGGAAUUAAAAAAUGUCUUCCUCGGGUCAGUUGGCUUCGUAACCAUACAAUCAUCGAUAAAGGAGAAGAACGAUAUAAAUCCAUGGAGUGUGGAAAAAGGUUCAAUAAAUCCGAUAAUCUCAUUUCUCAUAAAAUGGCACAUUCAGAAGAGAAACAAUUUACCUGCAUGGAGUGCGGAAAGACCUUCCGUUAUAACUACUCCCUUAUAAUCCAUCAAAAGAAUCACAGAGGAGAAAGACCUUAUCAGUGCAUGGAGUGUGGAAAGACCUUUACUCGUAGCACUCAUCUUAAUUACCACAAGAGGAUCCACACAGGAGAAAGACCCUAUCAAUGCAUGGAGUGUGGAAAGAGUUUUAGGCAGAGGAGUGCUCUGAUUCACCAUAAAACUAUCCAUACAAAGGAGAAGUUAUACCAAUGCAUUGAGUGUGGAAAGACUUUCUGUUAUUCUGAGUCUCUUAUAAUCCAUCAAAGGAUCCACACAGGAGAAAGACCUUAUAAAUGCAUGGAGUGUGGAAAGACCUUUACUUGUAGCAGUCGUCUUAAUGUGCACAAGAGGAUCCACACAGGAGAACGACCUUAUAAAUGCAUGGAGUGUGGAAAGACCUUUAUUUGUAGCAGUCAUCUUAAUUCCCACAAGAAGAUACACACAGGAGAGAAAUCAUAUCCCUGCAUGGAGUGUGGAAAGACCUUUUAUGAUAAUCACUCUCUUAGAAAACAUGAAAGGAAUCACAAAGAACGACCUUAUAAAUGCAUGGAGUGUGGAAAGAGUUUUAGGAAGAGUAAUAAUCUUACCUCCCAUAAUAGGAUCCACAGAGGAGAGAAACCGUAUCAAUGCAUGGAGUGUGGAAAAAUCUUUACUUUUAGCAGUAGUCUUAAUUACCACAAGAGGAUCCACACAGGAGAAAGACCUUAUAAAUGCAUGGAGUGUGGAAAGACAUUUACUCGUAGCAGUAGUCUUAAUUCCCACAAGAGGAUCCACACAGGAGAAAGACCUUUUCAAUGCACGGAGUGUGGAAAGACCUUUACUUGUAGCAGUAGUCUUAAUUCCCACAAAGGGAUCCACACAGGAGAAAGACCUUAUAAAUGUGCGGAAUGUGGAAAGGCCUUUAGGUGGAAUUCUGCUCUUGACUCUCAUAAAAGGAUCCAUACAGGAGAGAAACCAUAUCCCUGCAUGGAAUGUGGAAAGAGCUUUGCUCGUAGUAAUGGUCUUAAUUCCCACAAGAGGAGCCACACAGGAGAAAGACCUUAUAAAUGCAUGGAAUGUGGAAAGAGCUUUGCUCGUAGUAAUGGUCUUAAUUCCCACAAGAGGAGCCACACAAAAGAUGUUUGCAGUGUGGAGAGGGCUUUAGAAAGAGUUGUGAUCUCAAGUCCCAUAAAAGGAUCCAUACUGGAGAAAAAAACACCAUAUGAAUUCAUGGAGUGAGGAGUGAGCUUUGCAAGGAGUAAUGCUUUUACUUGCCAUAGAAACAAUAUCAAUAAAGGGAUUGUGAAAGAGCUUCAAGAGAAAUCCAGGUAAUUAUCGCCUUAUGACUGCAAUUGAGCCCAAACUUUCUGUUUCUAAGUGAGACAGUUAUUAAGUGCGUUUUGCGCUAUUUGACAACUUUACCUGCCACAUUUGUUAAGUGACUCACAAUAGUUGUUAAGUUAGUAAUACUAUUAUGAAAUGAAUCUGGCUUCCUCAUUGGAUUUGUUUGUCAGAAGCUCACAAAAGCAGAUCACAUGACCCAGGAACACUGGAACUGUCAUGAAUCGGUUGCCAAGCAUCUGAAAUUUGAUCAGGUGACCUUGGGGAAGUUGCAACGGUCAUAAAUAUGAAAAAUGGUCAUAAGUCACUUUUUUUCAGUGCUUCUGUAACUUUGAACAAUCACUGAAUGAACUGUAGUAAAUCGACAACUACCUAUAGUUGUCUAAAAUCUACAAGUACCAUUUGAGUAAUAAUUCAAAUAAAUUGUAUACCUUCUUAGAUAUGCAUUCAUAAAUUGCCCUUCUAGUGCAAACCAGAACAAGGUGAAUCCCUAAUCCUGCUUGUGGUUUUUGCAAAGUCCAAAUACUCAGUAGGUGUUCUUUACAUGUAGAAAUAUUCCUGGUUGUUUUUCAUUACAUUGUUCCUGAUAUUCCAAAAUAUCAAACACAAUUAUCAUGUUGUUCUUCAAGUAUCUUUUAGAUUAAAAAAAACCCAACCACAACUUUAUUAGAGGUUAUCUGAUACCUCUUGUUGCUGCCUUAAUAGUUCUGUUGGGCUAAUUAUCUGGGCCUAGCCCCUUCUCUGGCUGUUCUGCCUUUCCCAUUUGUGCUUGUCUGAGGAAGGCUCAAGUGAGAGGUUUGUGAGGGCCGCAUUCUGUUCCUUUAGCACAGUGGUUCUCAACGUUUAUAGUGCUGCGACCCCUUUAAUACAAUUCCCCAUGAUGUGGCGAUCCCUUUAAUACAAUUCCCCAUGAUGUGGCGACCCCGAACCAUAAAAUUAUUUUCGUUUUGAAUUUAUCGCGCCUGAAGCCAUAUUGGCUAGCGAUCUGAACUGCUUGCGAUUGCCUUGAGGACGGAGGCAUUAAAGCGGAGACUCCUCCCCUAUUAAGUUUAUCGCACCUGAAGCCAGAUUAGGCUAGCGAUUGGGAGUGAUUGCAGCUGGCUUGAGAGGGAGACAUCAGAGCAAAGAUUUCUCUCUUUUUUAAUUGAUCACGCCUGAAGCCGAAUUCGGCUAGCGAUUUGAAGAGCCUGCAGCUGGCUUGUGAAGUCAACCAUUGAAGCGCGAAUCUUCAACUCGCAAGUAUACUUCCCAUAUUUCCGAUGGUCUUAGGCGACCCCUGGCAAAUCGUCAUUCGACCCCCAACGGGGUCCCGACCCACAAGUUGAGAACCGCUGCUUUAGCAGAUAAGAUUUGUUUUCAUACACAGUAGUUGUUUAAUGAGCCUCUUGAGUCAGAGCCGAUCCCACCAUUGCCUCCAAUUUGUCAUAGGAUCUUUUUAAACCAGGGAUCACCAACCCCAUCCCACCCCACCCCGGACCAUGGCCUGUUCAGAACUGGGCUGCAGAAGCAGCGAGUGGGCAUCUGCGUGUAGCUCCACUUCCACAGGGGACAGGCUCACGUGGAAAGCUCCAUAUAUGUGAGUGGCAGGUGUGUGAAUCAGCCGCUUCCAGAAAUGAAUUGAGCUCAAAACGUUCAUCAAACGUAUCGGAUUUUAGAAUGUCUCCUUAUAGAGGUUGAGGGGAUGUUUUAUUUUGAAAAGAAUAUCCAAGGUUACAAAAGAGAAACAUAAUGCGCACGUUCUUUCUCUGUAUGUUUUCUUAUACUACAUUUUUAGUAUAUUUGUCGUGUCCCACUCCUCCGCUGACAGCUGGGUCAGGGAAAUCCGAAUCAG